GACUGUUUUGAUGCAGUUGGCAAAGAUGAUACAAGAGACGUUUAACCGUAGAAACAUCGCCAGAAGCGUGUAUUUAUGAAUGUUUUUCCAGGUGCGGAUGUGUAUAUAAGAAGACUCGAAAUACUUUGCUUCCAGAAAUGUGCGCGUUUGUUUAUGAUAGCCACUGUUUUUAGCCCUAGCCUAGGGCAAGGCGUGAAUUCCGCAAAUCCAAGAAUCCAAUGUCAAGAAUGCGUUGAGCUAGCUAGCAUAUGUCGAUACUGCCCGCUGGUUAUUAUUAGCUAUGAACAUCACGCCCUUAAGUCUAGUUGUUUUUUCGUCGUUUUUCUCUGGACCCUACAGAUAAAAGCCACUCAGUAGCUGCCUCUCAAAUAUUGUUUGCUGGUCGGGACGAGCCGAAAUGGACUCCCUAGCCCCAUCACCCCAGACAUAUUUCUAGCGGUGACACCAGAAACUCGAGUCCGCCACAUCCGGGCCUCGCACAAACACAAGAACCAAAACCGUGGCUGUCUUUCUUUUCUAUGACACACCAAAUUUAUGCCCAGCUAGAUUCGGUGGAAUCGCUCUUGGACGAUCUCCCAUAUAUGUUUUAUCUGGGCCUGUUCUUUGUGAACGUCUUGAUCCUCUAUUAUGCCUUUCUGAUGGAAUACAUCGUCCUGAAUGUGGGGAUAGUAUUUCUACCUGAGGACAUGGACCAGGCGCUGGUGGACCUCGGGGUGCUGUCCGACCCGGCCUCUGUCCCCUACGACACGGACACAGAGCUGGACGUGUUUGAGGGCUAUUUGGAGUGACAAGGCGGUCCAGGAGGAAGACAAGGGAAAUUUUAGCAGGUGGUGGUGAUGAUGCAGAGGUCCGGGAUAGGUUGGGCCGGUGUGAACACUCCCUGGUCAGUGAUGCGGGGAGAAAGUUCUUCCAAGCGGAUUCAGCUGUUGCCUUUUUCUCGUACAGACACAUCAGUGAAAAAGUUGUCUCGACUCAAAAGAAGGUAGCCUGAGGAAGAGACCCAGCACCACCGGCCGUAUGAUGAGAGACUGUCCCAUGGAAAGAGCACUCUGCACUGGAUCAGCUGUCAGUCAGUCUGUAGCCACUCUAAUAGCAAUUGACUCUGGUAGGACACUAAGGGGUUAGUGCUGGCAUCUAUGUCCCUCCCUUUGGACACAAUGAAAGAUGAAAAGGAAGCACAGUGUGCUGAAGGUUGAGAGAGACCGCUGUUCCCUGUGGAAGAAAAAUGAAUGUUAUCAGAGAAGUUCAGACACAGCAAUCAACAGUUAACCAGGCUGUGCAAGAUCUGGUGGCUGACUGCAGAAGGAAAUGAAAUGAAACACUGGCCACUUCAGUCACAGUCUGAUUUGCUUCACAGUAAGACAUCUCAGAAGAACUGACAAAGUGCAGGAAAACAAUGUGCACUGUAGGUCUGUUGCAUAAAUAAUCAUUCACAGAACAGCUUGUUUUAACUAUUUGUUCUUUUCAGAAUACAAAAUGCAUUGCUGCUUUGCAGGUUCACUCAUCCUUGAGGCGUCUUUUGAAGGCAUCCAUACUUACUGUAUGUGUGCUUCAGGGAUGUGCACACUCUCAGGAGCACAGUUAGGAACUCUGGGCACACUGGCAGGGCAUAAGACUGACACUGGACACAGGCUGUGAAAGUAUAGGCUAUAGGAGAGCACUAAACUCUUCAAGUUCUCCUUAAUAAAUCAGGAACAUCAUACUGCACUUGCCACACUCAUCACUGUAAUGCAGAAAAUAUUAACAUAUGUCGUCUGUUAACCUACGUUACAUUAGAUAAUUGGGGUCGUAUGCAAAUUUAAUUUUUCACAUAACAAUUAACAGUGAUGGAUUAGUUAUGACAGCUGGACGAAUGUGCCAAAACUAUAUAGUAUGAGUAGUGUCAAAGGCUGAAACCUCACAUGAAAGAGAACCUCAAAACAAGUAUUUCAGAUAUUUGACAUGUUCAUUCUCUGUUUGUUGCAUACAUGUUUGUUCCUACCAUGUUAAAAAUGUGUGUUAGACACAUAGACAAGACUCAGUGCAUGAUAUUGGUUAUGUUGGGUUAUUUUAGCGAGUCAACAUUCUGUUUUAUUGCACUUUCUUCUCUUUACCUUGUUAUGAAUUUGGAAUUCAUUUCAUAAAAUGUAUAUUCUUGGCAGCAAUAAUAAACUGGAUUCAAGCAACAGGGUGUUAAAAUAGUUGGACAAAUGAGAUCAUGCACAGAAUCAGGUUUUUUUUUUUUAAUUUCAUUAUUUUUAUUCCAUCCAUCUGCGAGAUUUGGUCGUGGAUGGAUGGAAGAAAAACACCUCAUGUCAGUGAUGCUUGUAAAGGGACAGUUCACUUGAUUUACUCGAUAUUUGUAAGCCUUGAACGUAGUGUACAUACCGUUGGUCUGUGAAGAGCACUUACAGCCCUGCUAAUUAACGGAACGAUUUAUGGAGGCAAUACACAGGAACCAGUAUUUUCUCACAGCAUACUAUAGCUGUUGACCAGAAUAAGCAGAUUGUGCAUAAUAAGCAUCACACUCUGGUUGUGGUCCACCAAAUAACCAAAGGCGUAACGGAUGAAAACCAUUUUCAAAGCAUUUGUACAUGCAUGUUUCAUACGCCAAACAAGCUUUAGUCCAGAAUUUCAUCAGUGUUUUGAACAUUAUACUGUACCAGACAACCUUUCCCCAACAUGAUUCUGCUCUGUUCAUCUGUUCACAUGACAUUUCGGAUCUCACUCUGCCACAUUGUGUAAUAAAUUCAAAAGGAAAAGCCAUGGUAAAAGUGAAGAACAGGGAGGUAAAAAAAAAAAAAAAAAAAGGUGCAGUGAGAUUGUGAAGUUCAGAUUUUCUCCAUCAGAAUUCCUAUUCCAUGCAAAGCUGUUUUUCCAAGAAUUGGUACUAGAGUUCAACCUGUAUACAUUACUGAGGGCUGAUAACCAAACUCUUUCUUCUUUUUGGGUUAAGGCUGCCACUAAGCAAUAUUUUAUCUGGAUAUUUACAAUGUGUGAAUUUGUCCGUGUAAAUCAGUAUGUCCAUAAGAAAUCUAUUUUUUUGCAAGAUAUAAAUUCCUCUGAAACAGCUAAAGCUCAGGAUAUUAAUAGUUAUUAAAUAUUAAAAAUAUGUUUAUAUGGAAUCUGAUCAAAUAGAAUCAGGUAAGGGCUUCCUGUGUUCAUAAAAACCUGAGAAAGCAUGUAAACAGUCUGCAUCACGGCGGAAAUGGACGUCAACGCUUAUAUCUUAUUUUUUUUUAAGUAAAGCUUAAUGUCAGUUGAUGAUUUGGGUAAUUCAAAUCUAAAAGUCACUCCCUAUCAUUCAGAAAUCAGUAGCAAGUGAAGCUGUUAAAUGUGGAGGAUUCUUGUUUUGUAUGAAAACUGUUAAGAAGUCACAGGUGAAAGACAUGAUGCCACGCUGUGUUGGCCCGGUUCUGGUGAACACUCUGCUCACAGCAUCUUAAUGCAUUGAAAACUCUAUGAGGACUGUGACAGCCGAAAGCCUUUGCUUGGUUUGUUGGAUGUCGUCAUCAUCAUCAUCAUCAACAACAUACAACCUUUACCCAGCACUUAUGUCCUUCCUCCACAUUUGCUUCUUUGCAGACAUGCACAUUCAACAAUAAGCUACGGAUCGGAACAGAGUUUUAUUUUCCAAUGUGUCUAUUUAAUAAACUUUGAGCGAA